AUGCAGAUGGCACAAUGCAGUACUGCCCUGGUUGUCAUUGCGUUUCUGCUGGUUUCUCUGAGCAUGGUUUUGGCAGAUCAAUACAUUGUCGGGGAUAUUGGCUGGGGAGAACAAGGAGUUGAUUACAAUGCUUGGGCCGCUAGCAAUACUUUCUAUACUGGAGAUGUUUUGAUUUUUCAUUACGAUCCAACCUCCCACAAUGUCGUUGUAGCGACUGGUUCUGAUACGUUUGAUAAUUGCGUUACGCAUCCCAACUUGGGUAUUUAUACCACAGCAAAUGACGAGUUACAUUUGAAUGAUCCUGGAACCUACUAUUUCAUAUGUGAAUUUCAGUGCGGUGUAGAUGACAUGAAGAUGAUGGUCACAGUGAACAACUAG